ACUCAUCAGCUUGCGGCGAAAGUAAUACUCAAUGCGGAAGUUGUGAUCUCGUCAUUCUUUUUUAGGUACGGACAACUACGCGGCUAGUUUUUCGGUGGCAAACAAUUCGAACGUUCGAUCAUGGCCCAAGAUGAAGUUUACUCCUCCACGACGGUGCCGAAUCCGAAUACCGGUUGUUUCCUGGUACCAACGCAGCAUCUGGACAAAGUGCGCUUUGUCGUGAAGAUUCUAGAAGUGCUGCUGUCCCUGGUGGCGUUCAUCCUGGAGGAAGUGGUGGCCGUUUGCAUAAAAUGUACAGCUCUGGAGUUCUUUGAGUUUGUCAGCUGCACGUCGUUCCUCUUCACCGCUCUGCUCCUCGUCCUUCUCUCCACAAACCUGCACCUUAGGGUGGGAAUCAACUGUUGGUCCAGCCUGGACUUUUGGUACACGACGAUCAUCGCCUUGGUUUUCUUCAUCGCCUCCAUCAUCUUUGCUGCCAUCAACAACGACAGUCCUCUGGAGAAAAGUGCUGGGGCAUUUGGUUUCCUAGCAACACUGGCUUUCGUGUUUGACCUCUUCCUAUUUUGGAGGACGUACGGACUUCCCUUCGCCAAAGGGGACAAGCCACAGCCCAGUAACGACGUCCGAACGGCGGACCCGGAAGUCCCAGCUGAGACGGAGAAGCUCAACACGGACGCCACCGCGGCCGAGUGAUUAAGUUCGAUUCGCGGGCGUCAUUAAAGGUCAAACAUUUUCACCCGCUAGGAGGCGCUCUAGUGGGUCUGACUUUCUCUCUUUGUACUACUAAGGCCAUUUUAGGUCAGACACUCAGGAAAUAAACAAUCAGCUUUUUGUUUUUUUGUAUUCUUAAUUAAGCGCGUCAACAUAAAGUCCCAUUUCUGUGACGGCGUUUUCAGAAAUAGUCACUUAACUCAAAAUUUUCUGGACUAAGACGAUAAAAGAUGUUCUAAAAUCACAUUUUCAUCGUUUUUCACCUUUAUUCUGUAAAUAUGGUUUCAGUCACGCAAUCACAUGUCCAAGUAAACGUUCUUCAAGCAGUAACACGUGAAUGAAAAUAUCGGCUACUAGUAAUAAGAAGCUUCUUCAUGUAUGUUGUUGUUUUUUUUUUUUUUGAUAAAGGACCACUAUUUAUGUUUAAUUUCUAAUCAAUGGUUGCUUAUUAUGAUGCAUUGCUAGGUCAAAAAUGUUUGAAUUUUUGCUUACACGCUUAAAAACUUGAAUCUUUUGUGUCAAACUGCUGAGCUGUCUUCGUGAUUCAUUGCUGUAUGAAGUUAGGAUGCAAAAUAGCGGUUCUAAAAUUAAUUGUGGCUUUAUUAAAUACCAACUUUUCGACUGGAAUCUCAUUGUGUCAAACUGUUGAGAUGUCUUAAAGUCUUUCGUUUCUGUACGAAGUUAGGAUGGAAAAUAUAAACGGUUCAAAAAUGAAUCUUGUGCCUUCAUUAAAUACUAACUGUAGUGUGCAUUUAUGUUCUAUGUGGAAAAAUACAAGCAUGUAGCACGUGUUCAUUUGCUGUAUUAAGAUGGUGACAAGUCAGUUUGUAUGUAUUUUUUCAAUGAUUGAUUAUAAUAAAAGUACCACUAAUGUUCAA